AUGUUGUCAGUUGGUGUUUACUCGUGUCCGUCGUGUAGCUGUUUUACCCACCGACCUCCUAUAGAUGUCCGUCGUGUAACUAUUGUCUGUCCUCCUGUAGGGUUUCCGACAUAUAAUUGUACCCUCCAAAUACCUGUAGUUGUCUGUCGUGUAGCUGUUGUACUUCCGCCAUCUGUAGGUGUAAAGUUGUGUAGCUGUUUUACCCACCGUCUUGCUAUAGACGUCCGUCGUGUAGCUGCUGUAUCGGCCGUCCUCUCUCUAGAUGUCCAUCGUGUAGCUGUCUUUACUUUCCCCCUUAAUGUAGAUGUGCGUAGUGUAGCCGUUGUAUCAUCCGUCAUCUCUGUAGAUGUGCGUCGUGUAGCCGUUGUAUCAUCCGUCAUCUCUGUAGAUGUGCGUCGUGUAGCCGUUGUAUCAUCCGUCAUCUCUGUAGAUGUGCGUCAUGUAACUGUUUUACACCCACCCGUCCUCCUGUAG